GCACUGUGGAGUUUGCAUUAAUCAGGCUCCAAGCAGAAAUGCCACAUACCCCUCGCCAACGGUUGCAGCCUCGAGCUCCAAUUUGGUCAGAGAAAGAAACUCGAGAUUUCCUUGCCCUCUGGGGUGAACUGCUGAUUUUGAGGUGGAUUGAAAACCGGCCCCCAAACAGUGACAUCUACGAGGAUCUCUCCGCCCAGAUGAUAGCCAGGGGUCACGAGCGCAACGCUUCGCAGUGUAGGAACCGAGCCCGGGAUCUGAAGCGAAGUUAUCGGAGAGCCAAAGAUGCCCAGAUCUGUGCUGGAGCUGAGCCCGUGUCUUGCCGUUACUUCCGAGAGUUGGAUCAAAUGUUUGGAGGCGAAAUGGAUAGGGCCACCAACCGGAGCUUGGCCAGCAUGGAUGGAUCCAUGCAGGUGGUGGUAAAAAGAGAGGAUGCAAAAGACAUGGAGGCCCAGGGCUCCGAGGAAGAGAGCAACCAAAUGACACCCCCAAACACCCUCUCAAGUAUGGAUGCAGACACAGACACGGAAACCGAACAGAACGUGGGGAUCAUACGAGGCCUAGUGACAGUGGUAGAUCCCAACGUGAUUGAAACCACAAUAGUUGAGGAAGGUCCUGAAGAGAAGCCGGUGCCCUUUUGUGGGCAACCCGUUCCAGGCUGCAGUGAAGAUGGGCACCUCAGGGCUACUGGUAGAGGCAGGCGAGAGAAGUCCUUUGGCCAUCCCCUGACGACAGCAGAAAGGAUGGCAUCUAUGCGGGAGAGGAAGAGGCGGUCGCAUGAGGAGAUGAUGCAUGAGAUCAUGAGUGACUACAGGAGGACCUGGGAGACCAUGGAGGCUCUUCAUGAGAGAAGUGAAAUCAAUGCUGGGGACUUCCGUGAAGCAGUGCUGAGGGAAAUGCUUCUGGACAGAGAGGCCCGGACCCGGGAGGCCCAAUUAGACCGUGAAUCCCGGGCAAGGGAAGCCCAGCUGGAUAGAGAGGUUAGAAUUAGGGACAACCGUCUGGAGAGAGAGAUUAGGAUGAAGGAGCUCGGUAUGAUUGAAGCCGAGCUUCAGCGCACCAGGGAUAUCCUCCAUCCAAUGGUUGACGCAGUGGCAUCUGUGGCAGAGGCCUUGCGUGUGGCCAGCAGGAUGCUGCCACUCUCUCAGCCUGCACAGAAAGUGAGGGCUGGAGUCUUCUUGGAAUCCAAGGAAAGCAAGUAAUUUCUGUCUCUCUUUCAACUAUAAAACUUUAUCUUGAAUGGGAAAGAUGUGUUAUGAGGAAGUGAAGGGAGGGGGGGGAAAAAGGGUGCUUUCUAAAGUGCUAAAUUCAGGGAUUUUCAAUAGUAACUUUAAGAGGUUGAGCCAGGUUCACCUACUCCCUCAAUUUGCUCAUCCUGUGGAACAGAGGUAAUGUACAUCUAGAUGGUUUGGUUUGGUUUGGAACAAGAAAAGAAACUUUAGAAAAGACA